AUGGACGAGUAUGAAGGCCUUGGACACAUGAAAGAAGUGCCUCCCACAAGGAUACCUACGGAUCACUACUUUAUCCCGCACCACUGUGUGCUAAAACCUGAGAGCAGCACUACAAAACUUCGGGUAGUGUUCGAUGCUUCCUGCAAGACCACCAGCAACAAGUCGUUAAAUGAUAUAUUGUAUGCUGGACCCACCAAUUUACCGCUUGGAGCAGCCGUGCUCAAGCAUGAUUUUUAUGUAGACGACUGUCUAACAGGAGCAAAUAGCAUCCCAGAAGCAGUUCAGAUUCAACAAGAGCUAAACAAAAUACUGCUACCAGCCGGAUUCAAGCUCCGAAAGUGGUGCUCCAACAAUGACGAAGUUCUAGCACAAAUUCCAAAGGAAGACGUAGUCAGCUACGUCAAAUUAGACGAAACCCUUCAACACUACAGUGUGAAAACAUUGGGUUUGAUCUGGGUACCAAAUAAGGAUCAGCUAUGUGGGCGAUCCCAAAAAAGUGAAGCGUCAACCAUCACCAAACGAGUAGUGAGCUCGGAGGCAUCACAAAUUUUCGAUCCACUAGGACUAUUCGCUCCUGUUGUGGUAAAGGCUAAGAUAUUCAUGCAAAGCCUGUGGGAGCUGAAGAUGGGCUGGGACGACGAGCUUCCUCAACUUCUGCAAACUGAGUGGAAAAAUUAUCGUGCUGAUCUACAAGCAUUGAACAAUUUGCAAAUUCCACGGCACAUCUUUGACGGAAAGGUGCCCAUUAAUCAGGAAAUUCACACGUUUGUCGAUGCAUCAGAGCGGGCAUACGGAGCAGCAAUCUAUGUCCGAGCCACAUAUAAGAACAAUCAAGUGUCUGUUCGGCUACUGUGCUCAAAGUCAAGAGUAGCGCCGACAGCAAAAAGAGACGCUGCCUCGCCUGGAACUAUGCGCCGCAGUAUUGGGAGCAGAGCUAACCCACAGGGUGAGGAAGGAUUUACGCAUACCAAACGAUAA